CAUACAUAUACAGCAGCUGGUGGGGUGUCUAGGUCUCUCGUACUCGUCGGUACACGCUUGCCAAUCCAUCCAAACCCGCUGUAUCUGCGCUAGCUGGUGUCCGACCGUGUCUGCCAUGGCUUCUUCUCCACGCACAGCCAUGUUCUUCCUCGCGCUGUCCCUGGCGCUACUGGGCGACGACCUUCGCCGCUGCUCUGCCUCUCAGGUGUACGUGGUCUACAUGGGCAAAGCGCCGCAGGGCGACAGGGCACCCCGUCGACGACGACACGCCGGGCUGCACCGCCAGAUGCUGACGGCUGUUCACGACGGCAGCUCGGAGAAGGCGCAGGCAUCACACGUCUACACUUACAGCGCCGGCUUCCAGGGCUUCGCGGCCAAACUGAACGAAAAGCAGGCCAUCAGAUUAGCCGAGAUGCCUGGCGUCGUCUCGGUGUUCCCAAACACAAAGAGGCGACUGCGCACCACCCAUUCCUGGGAUUUCAUGGGCUUGUCCACCAGUGCAGAGGGUCAGGUCCCUGGACUGUCCACCGAGAACCAGGAGAACGUCAUUGUUGGAUUCAUCGAUACAGGAAUCUGGCCAGAAUCCCCUAGUUUCAGUGACCACGGGAUGCCUCCGGUUCCCAAAAGAUGGAGAGGGCAAUGCCAAGGAGGAGACGCGAACUCACCGUCAAAUUUCACCUGCAACAGGAAGGUAAUAGGAGGCAGAUAUUACCUCAGCGGAUACCAAACAGAAGAGGGUGGCGCCAUCAAGUUCGUAUCUCCAAGGGACAGCUCGGGGCAUGGCAGCCACACUGCCUCGAUAGCGGCCGGAAGGUUUGUCAGGGACAUGAGCUACGGAGGUGGUCUGGGCACCGGAGGAGGGCGGGGAGGAGCCCCCAUGGCAAGGAUUGCAGCCUACAAGGCCUGCUGGGAAACUGGCUGCUACGAUGUUGACAUUCUCGCGGCGUUCGACGAUGCCAUCAGAGACGGCGUCGACAUUAUAUCUGUGUCGCUAGGCCCAGACUACCCCCAGGGCGACUACCUCAGCGACGCCAUAUCCAUCGGGUCGUUCCACGCGACGAGCAACGGGAUACUGGUCGUUUCCUCGGCGGGGAACGCCGGGAGACAGGGCUCGGCGACUAACCUCGCGCCGUGGAUGCUCACGGUGGCUGCAGGAACGACUGACAGAUCGUUCUCUUCGUAUGUCAGCCUGGCAAACGGUACCUCCGUAAUGGGUGAGAGCCUGAGUACGUACCGCAUGGAAACUCCCGUCAGAACCAUCGCAGCUUCGGAAGUCAACGCAGGCUAUUUCACCCCUUACCAGUCCAGCUUGUGCCUGGAUAGCUCUUUGAACAGGACCAAGGCCAAGGGAAAGAUCCUUAUCUGCCGCCGUAACCAAGGCUCCUCCGAGUCACGUCUAUCGACGAGCAUGGUUGUGAAGGAAGCUGGUGCGGCUGGGAUGAUCCUCAUCGAUGAGAUGGAGGAUCAUGUCGCUAAUCGCUUUGCUGUGCCUGGAGUAACUGUUGGGAAAGCCAUGGGUGAUAAAAUUGUUUCUUAUGUCAAGAGCACAAGGCGUGCCUGCACACUGAUCUUGCCGGCAAAGACGGUCUUAGGGCUGCGAGACGCCCCGCGAGUAGCGGCGUUCUCUUCGAGAGGUCCGAGCUCACUGACACCUGAGAUUCUGAAGCCAGAUGUUGCUGCUCCUGGGCUGAACAUCUUGGCGGCGUGGUCUCCUGCCAAGAACGGUAUGCGCUUCAACGUUCUAUCUGGAACUUCCAUGGCAUGUCCGCACGUUACAGGAAUAGCAGCUCUCGUGAAGAGCGUGUAUCCGUCAUGGUCUCCUUCAGGCAUCAAAUCGGCAAUCAUGACAACAGCAACCGUACUGGACACCAAAAGGAAAACCAUAGCAAGGGACCCCAAUGGGGGGGCUGCAACGCCGUUUGACUUUGGCUCGGGUUUUAUGGACCCCGUCAAAGCUCUCAGCCCAGGGAUCAUCUUCGAUACACAUCCUGAAGACUACAAGUCAUUCUUAUGUGCCAUAAUAAGCCGCGAUGACCACUCCGUGCAUCUAAUCACCGGAGACAACAGUAGCUGCACCCACAGAGCCUCCUCUUCUGCCACUGCUCUGAACUACCCGUCGAUCACCGUUCCGUAUCUGAAGCAGAGCUAUUCGGUGACGCGAACAAUGACUAAUGUGGGCAAUCCAAGGAGUACUUACCAUGCUGUGGUGUCAGCUCCGCCAGGAACCAGCGUGAGAGUGACACCAGAAGUCAUAAAUUUCAAGAGCUAUGGUGAAAAGAGGAUGUUCGCAGUUAGCUUACACGUGGAUGUGCCUCCUCGAGGUUACGUUUUUGGCUCUUUGUCUUGGCAUGGAAAUGGAAGUGAUGCUCGCGUGACGAUGCCGCUGGUAGUGAAACUACAGACUUCUGGCAAGGCCUGACCGAGUUGAUCCCCCUGGAAAGAUGCUUGGAAGAGGUUGCUAGAAUGCUAGAUCAGGCUACAAAUCUAGGUGGUACUAGAACUGGAAAUACUGACCAUAUCAGAAGCUAACCGCGAUCAAUCUGUGAAAAAUAUCAUAUUAACUAUGGUAUUUCAUUUGUAAAUGUCUUGGCUAGAACGCAAGCACUCCCAGAACAAGAUUCUUUUUUCCUCCUGAUGAUUGUUGUAAAAUUAUUUCGUGCCU